AUGAGCGCCAUUGCAGUAUCGCGCGGAAAUCGCCACGCGGUUUGCCACUUCGACGCGGCAAUCGCGAUCUCGCCAGAAAUGCUUCCCCCAGUCGACGCCGUUGAGAAGCCUUCGCCGAACCUUCCAACCUACGCUCCGGUGAUCAGAGCCGUCGGUCAGAUCACAACGCCCCCGCCAUCCCCGCCGCGAUUCGCGGAUCUGUACGGCUCCCCGCAAAAUCACUCCGAGUCGCCGUCGAAUCCGGACUUUCCCCAAGACUCUUCCGCGUCGGAUAUUUCCAGCCUCUCACGCAAGUCGGACUUCCCGCGCGCUCCGCACCCGGCGGUUUCCCCGCUAGCCCCCCACCAGCCGGACUCUCCGCACGUCGCGCCCGCGGCAUGCGCAGAACCGGUGCGAGGUGCGCUAAGCCGCCGCGAUUUGCGCCGACACCGCCGCGUCGCGUCGUCCCCUCAACCCGGACCGUCUGAGCCGGGAGAAGGAAGUUACGCGGAAACUCAGCGUCUGGUAACGUCCGAGAUCGACGGUCGAAGUAUCGUGCGGCCCCGCCACAACCGCCGCUCUUCCGCCGGCGGCGCCAGCGGCGGAAGCACCGAGACGGGCAGCAGGGAAAACGGCAGGCAUUGCGGCGACUUGUACGGCAGACAAGAGGCUGUGCGGCUGGUUUCGGCCGGGCAACCCACAGCAGCCGUCUCGGCUUUUUCACCCAAGUCUCCCUCGUUUGUGUCACUCUCGAGAAAGUCACCUUUGCCAAAGUCACCUUCACCUCAACCGCCGCCUCGCGGUUCGCCGCCGCGUCGGCUCUCCCAUUCGAGCGACGCCAUCCCGCUACAACGAGGUGGCUGUAGCGCGGAAAUCCCGCUACAACGGGGCAGACGUAGCGCCGAGUUCCCGCUACAGUCGGAGAGAGUACCGCGGAAAUCGUCAUCGGCGGAGAUAUCCUCUCCGCGCGUCUUUCCCGCGGAGCUACCCCCUCCUCCCUCUCCGCGCGGUUUUCCCUCGGAGCUACCCCCCUCUCCUUCUACUACUCCGCGCGAAGGGGCCUCCCGCGCACCUCCGCGAUCCCCGGCGGUCGGCAGGCUCGCGGCGGCUCGAGCGUGGAAUAAGAUGAUGGCGAUGCCGCCGCUUAGCACGGAUCUGUCAGCGCCGCCGGCGGAGCUACUAUCCUCUUCUCCGCGCGGCGUUACUACUACCGCUAGUACUACCAGCGGACGUACUAGAAGCACUUUCCUUCCGCUGUAUCCUGAAGUUGACGCGCCUCGGCACUCGUCGGCGGAGCUUUCUCCGCACGGCGCAACUAUUACCACUCCGCAUCAGCGGGCCUCCGCCAACCGCUCUUCGCGCUACUCCCGCCCGCGCUAUUCCCGUCUCCCGCCUGCGCCGCGGACGCGUGUCGUCCUGCUCCUCUCUCCCCAUCUCCGCCGACGCAACCUCCGCGUUCCCCUCUUCCCCGCUGUCUACUUCCCCGCUUUCCCCAUCCCCGCUUUCUCCCCUUUCCGCCGCCUCUGCUUGCGUUCUCCCCGCGUCCGCCGCGCCUUCGCCCGCGAAACCCGGCCCCGCGGAAAGCCCGUCACGGAGGGAACGAUCAGCAGCGGGAAUGGCUCCACCAAUAGCGGAUGCAGUAGCCCCUGCCCGAGCAAUCCGGGCAGCUAUCUGGAAAGAAUCUCUGCUGGAGGGAAAAGUUUGAAGCCGUCGGAUUUCGUUCUCAAAAUGCCCUACGAGGAUAUCAAGGCUCGUUAUUCGCUUGGGAAGAAGGAGAUUGGGGAGGGCAGGUUCGGAUCAAUCCGAACCUGCUUGGAGCGGAGCUCUGGCAACUUCUAUGCCUGCAAGACCAUCUCCAAGAAAAUUAUAGAGACUCCUGAGGAAGCAGAGGAUGUACGGCGUGAGGUGAUGUUUCUUGCGACGCUAAAAGGCCACCCCUACAUCGUCACACUCAAGGAGGCACUAGAAGACAAAUCUGCCAUCCACCUCAUCAUGGAGCUCUGUCCGGGCGGUGACCUCUUCGAGAGAAUCAAAUCCCGAGCCCAACUCACCGAGCCCGAAGCGGCAUCAAUUCUCCGGCAACUUCUAGUAGCCCUGAUCCACUCCCACUCCUUGGGAAUACUCCACCGCGACGUGAAGCCCGAAAACAUCCUCCUUUGUAGCCCCGCCAGCUGCUCCUCUAUAAAGCUCAUCGACUUUGGAGUGGCUACAGUGCUGCCGGAGGGGGCUCAGUGCAAUGAGGCGGCAGGAACUCCAGAAUACAUGGCACCUGAAGUGUACGAUGAGAAAUACGGUUUCGGCGCCGAUGUGUGGGGUGCUGGGGUUUCGCUCUAUGUGAUGCUUUCAGGCAUUCCACCCUUUUGGGAGUCGACGAACCGGAGUUUGGAGCAGGCGAUUAGGAACAAGAAGUUGUCGUUUAAGCACUGGAAAUGGGCUGACGUGUCGGUGGAAGCGAAGGAGCUUAUAUCGAGGAUGCUGGAGAAAGACCCGAGCAAGCGCAUCACGGCUCAAGAGGCGCUAGCGCAUCCUUGGAUCACCAAGCUCGCUCCUACUGCGGCUUGA